GCCGCCUAUCUCUUCGGUGGCAGCCCCACACGAUCGCCUCGGCCAGCUAAUGGAAUCUUCACGUUCCGGAACUCGUUACGUGGUACUGUCGCGGCGUGCUUUUGUCCAGCGUUAUCGCGGGGAGGCGACACCGGGAAGUCGUCGCGCGUGGUCUGCGAUCUCACGAAGACGACGCUUCCAGCGAAAAUGACGUCCCGUCACGAGAAGGAGCGUGCCAAGCAGAUACAGGAAAAAUGUCAGAAUCUGCUGACGCAGAUGCUUCGCGAUGAGGACAACAAGUAUUGCGUGGAUUGCGACGCGAAAGGACCAAGAUGGGCUAGCUGGAAUUUGGGAAUUUUCUUGUGUAUUCGGUGCGCUGGUAUACACAGAAAUCUUGGAGUGCAUAUAAGUAAAGUCAAGUCUGUUAACUUGGACACAUGGACACCGGAACAAGUAGUGAGCUUACAACAAAUGGGAAAUUCUCGAGCCAGAGCUGUGUAUGAAGCAAAUCUUCCAGAUAGUUUUCGAAGACCUCAAACAGAUUGUAGUCUUGAAAGUUUUAUUCGAGCAAAAUAUGAACACAAAAAGUACAUAGCCAGAGAAUGGGUACCACUUCCUUUACCAAAAGUAAAUUGGGACAAAGAACUCGAUGAAGAGGCUGAGAGGCAACGUAGACGAAAAAAGGAAAGUUCUGAAUCUGCAACUACUGUACUCCCACCAGUAAAAAAACCAGAAGUAGUGCCUCAAUUGCCAAAACCACGAAGUUCCGUCAGUCCUAAACUGGCUAGAACAAAAGACUCUUCGGCAAUUCACGAUCUGUUAGGUCUUGACGCUCCAGCGACUAAUCAAACAAGUGUAAAUGGUUCCGGAGACGAUGUAUUUUCUUCCUUUCUGUCUGCUCCACCUGCUUCAACAAUUCCAUCUGGAAAUGAAACUUCUAAUGGAAAUAAAACAACUACCACAACAACUAUAAGUAAAAGCGAAGAGGAGAGUUUCUUUGACCAACCCACUCCGCUACCUCAGGAAAAAAGCAAAAUGACGAAAGACAGUAUUCUAGCAUUGUAUGGUAAUUCAAGUUAUCAACCGCAAAUGUAUGGAGUCCCAGGAGGGGUGUAUCCUCAGCAAUCUGUGCCGUACAAGCAGCAAAUGCCAAAUGUAGGUGCAUUUGGACAACAAAGUUCCUUGGGUCAGCUCGGCCAACUUCCCACACAAAUACCGAUUACAAAUCAGAUACUCGUCAAUCAAAAUCAAAUUUUGGCAAAUCCUAGUUCGAUAGGUGCUGUAACAGCUAAUCCUUUAGGCUUACAUAUAGGACAAAUGAAUGGCGUACCAAAUGCUGGUAUCACAGUGCCGCCUCAAAUGAUGAUGCAGUUAGGACAAAGUAAUAUUGCUAGCAAUAACGGCUGGAGCGGUAUGAUGACGCCAAAUCUUCAACCAGCUCCUGGCAGUAAUCCUUUCUUCAACUUGACAGCACAACAACAACAAACUGCUGCAUUUGCCGCUCAAUUGCCACAACAAAUGACACAAAUGUCACUGGGCGAAAUGAACUUCGCUCCUACAACGGGAAAACCUGCUGCCGCGGCAUUACCCGGACAAACUCUUUCCACCAACUUGUGGCAGUAAAAAAUAAUGUGGAUAAUUGUUAGAGCCUGUUGAUUAUAUCAUUCUAUGUUAUAUACUAGUGUCAACAAUUUAUUCAACGUAAUAAGAUUUCCAUGCCCGUACGUCUCAAGCGUCGCUUCGGAAAAUAGAACUGACAGUAUCAACCCAGAAACAGAAAAAGAAAAAGAACUUAUUUGUACGCUGUCUGAUACGAAAUAUAAAUCUUGAGUAGUGUUUUGAGUCAAAUAUUUUUUUCUCUGAAAGCUUUCAUCAGCUUUGGAUGGAAGAAGAACAAAUAAAGUUUUUGACUAAUGAUAUUUGUGUGACACUGAAUAACCUUACGGUGCAAAUUAUGUUGCUAAUAAGAGCUUUUUGUAAUUACGAUUGAAGUAUGUAUCAGGGUCCAUUUUCAGUGUAACGAAAUAGUCAAUUUAAAUCAAUGAUAAAAACAUGAAAUGAUAUACUUUUAAUUAACUUGGAUUUUGUUGCUAUCAGUUUCUGUGUGAAGAAACGCGCGCUCUGAGUUUAUUCGUCAGGAUGAAAAUUUGUACAAUUAUAUUAGUGCUAAUAUGAAAAGAGUCCGUGUUCUCGUAACUGAUGGCAGUGAAAAUUGAGUUUUCUAAAAUUUAUAUCGAUUGGAAGCUCUGAUUUAAAUAGAAAUAUACGUGUACAAGUUUCGUCAGAAGUGUUAAAAAAGAAAAAAACAAGACUUCGAUCUUCAGCACUUAUUUUUAAGGUACUAUAAAUGACACGUGCAAUAUGUGUCCACAUUUAUUCUGUAUUAUUGAUGAAUAAAUGCAAGAUAUAAAUGCGA